AUGGCGGACACUCAGAAGGAUGUGCUGUUCAAGACAGUACAGAUCGAUGCCCUGGUUGCGAUUAAGAUUGCCACUGCUAGCGGCAAGUCGUUCCCUUCGAUCGCGACUGGCAGCAUAGUCGGUAUGGAGAAGAACAAUGUCUUGGAGAUUACAAACUCUUUCCCCUUCCCCGACGUCUCUCCCGCACAGGCCGACGGACAGAAUGAAACCGCCGCAAACCUCGCCGCAGCCGCCCCUCGCGCAAAGCAGAACAUUGCCUACAGCAACGAGAUGAUUAAAUUCCUCCGUGAAGUCAAUGUAGAUGCGAACAACGUAGGCUGGUAUACCAGCACAAGCAUGGGCAACUUUGUCAACUUGAACACAAUCGAGAACCAAUAUUUCUACCAGAGCCAGCCAAACGAGAGGACUGUCGCCUUGGUGUAUGACGUGAGCAGGAGCUCGCAAGGUACCCUGAACCUGCGCGCAUAUAGGCUGUCGCCCUCGUUCGUAACAGCAUACAAGGAGGGCAAGUUCACAACUGAGAGUCUACAAAAGAGCGGCCUUCGCUACCACGACAUCCUAGUUGAGCUUCCAGUAACCAUUCACAACUCGCACCUCCUCACCUCUCUUUUCCACCAAUUGCCGUCGAGCGCACCAAAGGAGGAGCUUAAGUUCCCACCCAACCUAGCUGCUCUGCAGCAAGAUCCCAACAUCCCUCAGCCACCUCUGUUUCCCAACUACGACUCGCUUGAUCUCUCCAUCGACCCAUUCCUGGAGAAGACGUGCGAUCUACUCCUCGAGAGCAUCGAGAAUCACCACACUGAGAUCAACAACUACCAGUACUACCAGCGAUCUCUCGCUCGUGAGCAGGCCAAGAUUACUGCCUGGCAACAAAAGCGCAAAGCAGAGAAUGCUGCGCGCACUGCCUCUAAGCAGUCACUCCUCCCAGAAGACGAGUGGCAGCGACUUUUCAAGCUGCCCCAAGAGCCAAGCAGACUGGAGACGCUCCUCAAUUCGAGGCAGGUGGAGCAGUAUUCAAGGCAAGUGGAUGGCUUCACGGCGGGUGUCACGUCCAAGAUGUUUGCUGUUAAGAGCAAUUUGCUGCCCGGAGAGUAA